CACAGAAGCUCAUCUUCGAGGGCGGAGAGCGGUGGCAUUUGAGUCCUCCGGUAUCCCAGCAGGCAGUGCAGCCUAGAGACGCUGACAAAGGACCGGAGGAGCAGUCGUAGCUGCUUUCCGAGGAGCCGGUGUUACCGAGAUUGCCAAAAUGCUUUGGAGUUUUUAACUGAAGCUAAGACAAGUCCAGAAUAGAUUUGAGACUGUAAAAACAGAAGCUGCAGCAAGUGGGGUUCAGUGCCAAUGCAUCAACCAAAAAGACAACCAGAAUUAGUGGAAGGAAAUCUUCCUGUUUUUGUGUUUCCCACGGAGCUAAUAUUUUAUGCAGAUGAUCAGUCAACACAUAAGCAAGUGUUGACUCUAUACAAUCCCUAUGAGUUUGCCUUAAAGUUCAAAGUUUUGUGUACUACUCCAAAUAAGUAUGUUGUCGUUGAUGCUGCAGGUGCAGUAAAGCCUCAGUGUUGUGUGGAUAUUGUGAUUCGUCAUAGAGAUGUUCGAUCCUGUCACUAUGGUGUAAUAGACAAAUUCCGUCUCCAAGUUUCCGAGCAAAGCCAGAGGAAGGCUUUAGGAAGGAAAGAGGUUGUUGCUACUCUUCUCCCAUCUGCAAAAGAACAACAAAAGGAAGAAGAGGAAAAAAGAAUAAAGGAACAUUUAACAGAAAGUUUAUUUUUUGAGCAGUCGUGUCAACCAGAAAACAGAACUGUCUCCUCAGGCCCUAGUUUACUAACUGUCUUCCUGGGAGUGGUGUGCAUUGCAGCCCUGAUGCUUCCUACACUGGGGGAUGUGGAAUCGCUGGUGCCUCUCUACCUCCACUUAAGUGUGAAUCAGAAAUUAGUGGCUGCUUACAUUUUAGGUCUUAUCACAAUGGCUAUACUUAGAACAUGAGCAGGGAUUUCAGUUGACUUGUGAAGUAAUUUUAUCUUCCAAACAUCAUGAAUGUGGACUGCCUUUUAUCUCCAUUUUACUUCAUUAACAUGCUACAAACUAUUGAAUGAUUUAAAAUAAUUGCAGAUGUGUAAUAUAUAUUUUAAAUUACUCAUUAUUUUAUUUGAAGAAUUCCAGCACAUUAUGUUACAGACAGCAAGGAUGUUUUUGAGUGACUCCUAUGAAACUAUUUGAAGAAAUUCUUUUUAUAUCUGUACUUAGUGUGCAAAAGACUUUAAUUCAGACAUUUGUUAUUUUGUCAUCUUUUUCUAGUUCACUUUGAUUGUUAAGAUCAUGUGUCCUUCAAAGCUAAAGGCUCACAAGAGCAAACCGACCUGCCUAAAAAUAAAAUCACGUUUAUUUCCUAGAUACAAGCAUUAAUGUUAACUACAUAAAUUAUACCUUGUCCUCUAUCAUUAAAGGAGUCCUGGUGGCGCAAUGGUUAAAGUACCCAGCUGCUAACCAAAAGGUCGGUGGUUUGAACCCACCGGCCGCUCUGUGAGAGAAAGAUGUGGCAGUCUGCUUCCGUGGACUUCAGCCUUGGAAACCCUAUGGGGCAGUUCUACUCUGUCCUACAGGGUCGCUAUGAAUCGGAAUCAACUCAAUGGCAAUGGGUUUGGUUUGAUUUUCUCUUAUUAUUAUAAACAGCUGUCAUGGUGUUUCUAGAAGAAUAGUUUUACAGUUACUGUAUGGAGGGUAAAAAGAGCAUAAGGUACUGGGGGAUCAUGCUUAUCCUAGGGUUUCACAGAGGACAGGACAUAUUUAAUUCACCUGGUAAACUACAGAACAGGUUGUGGUCCUUACACCAAGCAUGUAGGUUUUUAUAAAAACCCAAUAGAAAUGGGGCAACCUCUCUAUUUGGUCUAAAAGUUCUAAAGGUAGGUAGGCAUUCGUUUAGCUAGUUGGUUCAUCCUGGCUCUAACUCUGGAUAAUGCUUUAUGUUAAUGGGGGGGUAUUUUCUUUUCUCCCUGGCCCCUUGCCUGACUGACUGUAAGUGAUUUGCCCAAAUUGGGAUUACCAGAUGCUGUGUGGUUUAUGUGGAGAUCAGUGCUCUCCUUUAAACUCUAAGCCAAGUAUAGAAAAUCCUUGAUAUCUGUGUCUAUUUUGUAUCAGUCACUGAGACAUUUUUUAAGUUUUUAUUUAUUAUUAAAACAACUUUACCAAAAAAAGUCCCUAAGCACAACUAUUUACAUUUCUUUAUAGCCUCUUCUGAUCUCUAGCAUAUAUAUAUAUAUAUAUAUGUUAGAUAUGUAUAUAUCUAACGUGUGUGUAUAUAUAUGUAUAUAUAUAUAUAUAUAUGCAGUUUUAACUUAUCACAGUAACUAAUCUUUUGACUUAGGUUUUUUAUCUGAGAGCACAAUGCAUUAAGAGUCUCUUGAAAAUCAUCUUCCAGAUCUUUUUACAGAAUGAAUUUAUGCACUGCGACUGUAAUAUUCUCACAGAAUAUAUGUAAACACAGAAUGUAUGCCUGAGGUUGGUUUUUGCAGGAAACAGUACUUUGCUUCUAAAGAGCUUUUAUGUAUACUCUUUCGUAGAAAACCCUCAUCGUUUAACCAUUUGAGGAGCAUAAAUCAUUAAAUGGAUCAUAUCUGUACAUUGUGUAAUGACUGAAAAGCACAUAAAUAUAAUCCACUUUAAACUUUGUAAAAUCCUGUGUUUGAAAGCUAUCCUUGUUUCUCUAUCCAUCUCACGUCGUGUGAGUGUGCACGUGUGCAAGUACGUGCGCGUGUGUGUGCGUGAGAGAAUACAUUGUAAAGGACAGAAAUUACUUAAAAAAAUAAAAGAAAAUGCAGACCUGAGUUUCACAUUGAUUUAAACAUUUUAUCUGGGUUAUCUCUGAGGAGUUCCAACUUCUAGCUCCCUGAUUUCCUAUGGUUUUCUCCUAUUCCUGUUUGUUAAAUAGCAAAAAUAAGAACAGUGAAGUAGGUGAGCCAGAAAUGUCUUGAGUUUUCUUAAAUCUGCCAAGGGAGUUAACUCAUUUCUUUAACUUUUUCAAUAGGUAGUAGUCACAUGCCUCAAAGAAAUCUAUAAUAUAUAUUCUUAUUUUUCUGCUUUUAUACACACAAGGUAACAUGUACUAUAUACUGUGCUAUAUUGCACCUAGCUUUUCUAAACCCAGAAUCAUUUUCUCUGUUGUACUUCAUUCUUUUCAUCACAGCUGCAUACUAUUUUCUUGUAUGGUGGUACCGCAAUUCAUUUUGCCAUUUCCCUCCUGGUUUUGGUAUCAAGGUUAUGCUGGCUUUACUGAAUGAGUUUGGGAGCAUUCCAUCCUUUUCUAUGCUCUGAAAUACCUUUAGUAGUAGUCGUGUUAACUCUUCUCUGAAAG